AAUGGUUUUGAGAUUAAUAUUUGAAUGGAAAUUUGAAAAAUUUGAAGAAAUAAAUCUUUCUGACAGUCACAGAACUGAUCAAGGAAGGAAUUUUCUUGAGGAAAUCUUUAUAGAAAUGUUCUCACAAUGCGUCUAUUUCCAUAGAUUGUUCACAGUUGAAAAGAGGAAAAAUUUGUAUCUAUUUAUUGAGCUAAGAAUGUAUCAAAGAAUUAACUCUGUUUUUCUUCUUCUUGUGUUGGCAAAUGGCGUUGAGUUUCAACAAAUCUACAUUGAUAAAUCAAUGUGCCAAACUUUUGUGGGCCAGGUGAAUAGAAAAUAUUUAGGUAUGAAAGGUUUAAGAAUAACACCAAAUUUGGAUAGGAAAAGUUGUCUUGAAUCGUGUAUCAAUGAUAAAGUUUGUUCAAGUGUUGAAUAUAAUGAAUUAACAAAAGAUUGUAGAAAGAAAGAUUACGGUUCGUACAAAAAAUAUACAGAAGAGGAAUUACAUACCUUCUUAUAUACAAAAAUUCCGAAUCCAGAUUGCCAGAAUUGGAAGAGGACAGACAACAACCAUUUAAUUUAUCAUUGCGAUCCUUGUGUUAUCCAAAAUUUGCCCAUUAAUAACUUGGAAGCCUGUGAGCAAAAAUGUUCUGAAAAUUCAGGCUGUUAUGCUGUCAACAAGGCUGAACAUUGCCACUUGCUUGGCUCCAUUUCAGUACCUGACGCUAUGCUGACUUCUGGAAAAACUGUAAAUUCUCAUAAGCCUAUGUGCCUAGCCCUAUUUAAUAUUUCAACUGAACAUAUCUGCAUUAAUUACUUGGAGAAGAGUUGGAUUGAUUCACUAGGUGAUGGAAUUACAGAAUGCCCUGCAAGACAAAUAAUGGUUCCAUUGAAGGCAACAACAAAGAUAAAUGCUCAAGUAUUGUUGUUUCAAACAACUGGAAUGAAAAGAACUAUUUGUGUAAACUAG